AUGGAGAUCAAUGUUGAAGAGCAUGGAAUCGCCAUUGAUGAGGCAAAGAAGAGGGUGGAAUGCAAGUAUUGCGCCAAAGUGGUAAGCGGCUUCCAUCGUCUCAAGUGUCAUUUGGGUGGUUUACGUGGUGAUGUUUUGCCUUGUGAGCAAGUCCCCUCCCACAUCAAGGAAAGCUUCAGAGCCAAGUUACUUCAAACCAGAAGGAAAAAUCUUGUCAAACAAGUUGAUCAUCUUUUUCACCCAGAUCUUCCUUUAAAGAGGAAUUGGACUUACCCCAACACUAAUGAUGAAGAACAACAAGUGGAUCAAGAAGAGCAAAAUUCAAAGUCUAGGAGAGGAUCAAAAUCCAAUUCUAAUGACCUUCCCAAAAGAAAAAUAGCCAAAGUUAACGAAACUAAAGAUCAAGCUGUAAAGGAACACCAAAAGGGCAAUCUCAAUACUUCGAAUUCUAAACUUAAAGAGGAAGUGAGACAGAUGAAGAAGUAUGUGAAGAAGGUUAAAGAUUCUUGUGGGAAAACCGGAUGCAGUAUCUUGUUGGAUGAAUGGAUUGAUGAGACUGGAAGAGACUUGGUAAAUUUUCUAGUAGACUGCCCAGAAGGCACCAUUUAUGUUCGCUCAUGUGACCUUUCACCAUUUGUUGGUGAAAUUGCUGCCUUGCGGGAGUUGUUAGAAGAGGUGAUUGAGGAGAUUGGUGUGCAAAACGUAGUGCAAAUCAUCGCAUCCUCUACAGCAACCCGGAUGUGGCCUGCAAUUAGGCAGAUUGUCUCAUGCCAUAGAAACAUCUAUUGGGCGUUGGACGCCUCUCGCUACAUUGGUGUUAUUUUAGGGAGGAUAGGAAUGAUGAAUCCCUUUAGAGAAAUAUUUAGCAACGCCAAGACACUAACUCAGUUCAUUCAUGGCGAAGAUCAAAAUCUUCUCAAACUAUUCAAAUUUCACUCUCACGGCCAUGACUUGAUCAAGCCCCACAGGAUAAAAUCAGUAAUGGCUUACCUCACUUUGGGAAAUAUCAUAUCCCAAAAACAAAACUUGCAGGAAAUGGUCGCCUCUUCUAACUGGGGAAACUCCCUCUGGGCUUCAACAAUUCAUGGGAAGAUGAUUGUGAACCAAAUAAUUAACAACCUCUCUUUCUGGAAAGGAGCCAAAGUGCUUUUAGCAGCAACUGCACCACUUAUUCGUGCAGUUUGUCCCAUCAAUGGCAAAUCAUUUUUAACAGUUGGCUACAUAUAUCAAAGCCUUAUGCAAGCGAAGGAAGAAACAAAAGUUCAAAUGGGAAAUAAGGCUUCCUGUUAUAUGCCAUUCUGGAGUAUAAUUGAUGAGACAUGGGAUAUAUAUCUCCACAGACCUUUAUAUAGCGCAGGCUAUUAUUUAAACCCUUGUAUCUUUUACACCAAAAAUUUCUACAGUGAUUGUGAGGUUGAACUUGGCCUUGAAAAUUGUAUUAAAAGCAUGGUGGAAGAGACAGAAAAUCGAGCUUUAAUAUCAACACAACUCCAGGAAUACGAGCAAGCCAGAGGCGGGUUUAAAGAUGGAAGUAGCGCUGAAGCAAUAAAAGAUAUUUCUCCAGUUGAAUGGUGGGCGAAAUAUGGAGAAAAAUGUCCAGAGUUGCGGAAGUUCGCCAUUCGGGUGUUAAGCCAAACUUGUGAUGGAGCUGCAAGAUUCGGUCUGACGAGGAGUCUGGCCGAGAAACUGUUGACAGGAGGAAGGAAUUCCAGCGACCAAGGGCGCUUGAAGGACAUAACUUUUGUUAACUACAAUCUGCAACUUCAAAACUACUCAAAAGUGGUGGGUGGAAAUGCCACUGCUGGUAAUAGUGUAGCUGAAGAGAUCAAAUAUUAUUGA